AUGGAGAAGGGUAGACGAGUUGAACAAAUGCCUCCUGGCCCCCCUGGUCCUCCUGGUGGUUGGCUUUGUCAACGUAUGUCACGACAGCAGGAGAUCCUCUUCAAUAUUAUGGUGGCAUUUCUUCAGCUCAUUCCUCAAUCAACAUUGACGACGGUCUUUCCCGUGAGCGCCGACAUCGCGAGGUCUUUUUCGAUAUCCAAUCCAUCUGUUCUACCGUGGCUCGUGGCCGCCUACGCUUCGUCAUUUGGCACGUUCAUUCUGAUCGGGGGAAGACUCGGCGACAUAUUUGGACACAAGACCAUGGUGGUCCUGGGAUAUUCUUGGCUUAGCUUUUGGAGUGUUGUUGCCGGUCUGAGCCAUUACGUUGGAUAUCCACUCUUUUUCGUGGCAAGAGGAUUCCAAGGUCUUGGAGCAAGUCUCCUGGUACCCAACGGAUUGGCUCUUCUGGGACGAACCUAUCCGCCAGGUUCCAAACAGAAAGUCUUCUCGUUCACUCUCUUUGGCCUUUGCGCUCCGGUCGGUGCCUAUCUUGGAAUGAUCUUCGGUGCUCUAUUCACCAAAUUCGCAUUCUGGUGGUGGAGCUUUUACACCCUGGCCAUUGUCACUUGUUUUUUGGCUGCAGCCGCAUAUGUCGUCUUGAUCUCCCCGCCUCCCACGCCGAAGCAAAUGCUGCCUGUCAAAGAGAAACUCCGGGAUAUGGAUUGGCUGGGAGCCAUCACCGGCGUGCCCGGUUUGAUCUGCGUCCAAGUAUCCCUUGUCUCCGCGCCGGCCUCCGGCUGGAGCACUCAAUAUAUCUUUAUGCUUCUGAUUAUCGGUGUCCUCCUCAUCACAUUCUUCGUUAUCGUCGAGCUGAAGAUCGUGGAACAACCACUCGUCCCCUUCAGAAUGCUGAAAGCGGACGUGGGUUUCGUUCUCGGAGCUGUCGCUUGUGGUUGGGCCACAUUCGGUAUCUGGACUUGGUUUUUGUGGAAGUACCUGUUGGGGGUGAAACAAGAUACUCCACUCGAAGCCGCUGUCCAUGUCUUCCCUAUCGUCCCGGUUGCAUUGGUUGCCUCCGUCCUGACGGCGUGGAUGAUGAGAAAGUGUGAGCCUUCGUGGACUCUCUUCUGGGCUUUGGUAGCAUUUACUUUUGGACCACUCCUUCUGGCGAUCGACUCCAAUGUCGAUAAAACCAUCUACUGGUCCUGGACCUUUGUCAGCUUAGUGGUCAUGCCAUUUGGCAUGGACAUGUCAUUUCCCGCCGCCACCUUGAUCAUGUCCAACUUCUUCCCGCCUCAACAACAAGGUGUUGCCGGCAGCCUUAUCAGCACUGUUGUCAAUUAUUCCAUUUCUCUUGGCCUGGGUCUGGCAUCAUCGGUCGAAGUCCACGUCAACGACCAUGGCCGUGAUCCUCUGGCUGGGAUUCGCGGCGGCUGGUUCAUGGGCGUCGGCCUUGGUGGAUUGGGCAUCAUCAUCUGUGUUGCCUUCGUCAUCAAAUCCAUCUUCUAUCCUCCUCCACCACUUCCCAAAGGACCGCCCAGCGCACCACCUGGACCAGGAGCAGCAGUGCAAAUGACGCCUCAAGAACCCGGUGGACGCAAAACUCGUAGCGCCACUGUUUCCAGUCGAGCCACAACCAUGGUUCCCGAUAGUGCUGGACCAAUCACACCCAAAGACAUCGAACUUUACAAAUCAUUCAACUUCGAAACACCGCCAUCGACAUCGACAUCAACUCUCAACACACCACGAACGAGAUCAGAAGGCAUUUUCAACCACGCCAAUUCCACAUCCUCCCCUAGUUCCAAUCCACAUUCUAGCUCUACCAAAUCAAGUCCCAAAUCAAAGGACACACACCAACACGAUGGCCAUAGACGUAAUGACAGCACGCAGCACCCCCAUUCACGAAGCAACUCGCGGUCUUAUUUAACGUCUCAUUCUGCCCAAUCCCCGACCUCUCCACCGCUACCGAUACUGCAUCUCACGGAACCUGAAGCCGUCUAUCGUGGCCGUGCCAGUUGGGAAAGCAUGGAUGACCAGUGCGAUCGUGACCAGGAUCACUGGGCCCCACCACGGUCUGGGAGAGACAAAGACGACCAUCGACCAACUGAGUACGGAUAUGCUUAUGGCUCUGGUUUGGCAUGGAGAGAUGCCGAUGGUUUCGAAUACGACCCGCGACCGGCGGUCCCAAGGCCGAUGAUGGGCGACAAAUUUUGA